UAUAUACCGGAACCAGAAUUUCGACUAUAUCCCCUCAGCCAUUUUUUGUUGUCACUUUCAAGCUUCUCCAAAAGUGACGCUCUAUUCUUCAUCUCAGCACUUAUUUUCACGUAUUUAACCGAGCUUCAUUGCGAGGAGAAGCCUUGCAAAGAUGUCUGACUUCAUCGAGAGCGAGGCUGAGGAGUCGGAGGAGGAGUUUGAGGAGAAGGACCUAAAGCCCAAGAAGACCCAGAGAUUUAUGGAAGAAGAUGAAGAGGAAGAAGAAGAGAAUACUGAAGAUCAAGACGAGCACGGAAACCUGAGAGGGCUUAUUGAUGAUGAUGACGUGGAGGAAGAAGAGGAGGAGGAACGGGGGGAACCACCAGCAGGAGAGGACAGUGACUCUGGGGAAGAGGUCCGUCAUCGACGCAGGAAACGGAGUUUUGAUGACUAUUUGGAUGAUGAUGAUCUGGACCUCAUUGAGGAGAAUUUAGGAGUAAAAGUGAAGAGGAGGAAAAAGAAGUACUCUCGUGUGAAAACAAUGGAUGAUGAGGGAGAUGAUGAUGAUGAAAAAGACCUGAUUGCUGAUGAGAUCUUCACUGGGGAUGGCGACGGAGAAGGAGAGGUGGAGGAUGGAGAGGCCGUAGAUACACUUCACCCAAGAGAUGAUGAAGAGGAGGAAGAUGAUGAGGAAUCUGAUAUUGAUGAUUUUAUUGUGGAUGAUGAUGGACAACCCAUCACUAAAAAGAAGGGAAAGAAGUUCUCUGGCUACACUGAUGCUGCUUUGCAAGAAGCUCAGGAGAUUUUCGGGGGUGACUUUGACUUUGCUGAGUUUGACACUGAAGCUUAUGAUCAUGCAGAAGAAGAAGAAGAGGAUCAGGAUGAUGAGUCCUGGGAUCGGCCCAAGAAGCAGACCAAGAGAAGAGUCAGCCGCCGUAGCAUCUUUGAGAUCUAUGAGCCCAGUGAGCUGGAGAGCAGCCACAUGACCGAUCAGGACAACGAGAUCCGCUCUACAGACAUGCCAGAAAGAUUCCAGUUAAGGGCCAUCCCUGUAAAGCCUGCUGAGGAUGAUGAGCUGGAGGAAGAAGCUGAAUGGAUUUACAGAAAUGCUUUCUCCACACCGACAAUCUCCAUGCAGGAAAGCACAGAUUACCUGGAUCGUGGAACAACAACUAAUUUCAGCAGAAAGGGCCCAAGUACUAUUGCUAAAAUCAAAGAAGCCCUGAAUUUUAUGAGGAACCAACACUUUGAGGUUCCCUUCAUUGCGUUCUACAGGAAAGAGUAUGUGGAACCAGAGCUGAACAUCAAUGAUCUCUGGAAGGUGUGGCAGUGGGAUGAGAAGUGGACCCAGCUGAAGACCAGAAAGCAGAACUUGACACGUCUUUUCCAGAGAAUGCAGUCUUAUCAGUUUGAGCAGAUCUCGGCUGACCCUGACAAGCCUUUAGCUGACUCUACUCGUCCCCUAGACACUGCUGACAUGGAGAGACUGAAAGACGUUCAGUCUAUUGAUGAGCUGGGUGAUGUCUACAAUCACUUCCUGCUCUACUAUGGCAGAGACAUUCCUAAGAUGCAGAAUGCAGCAAAGGGUGGCAAAAAGAAACUAAAGAAGAUCAAGGAAGUUUCAGAGGAAGAUGGGGAAGAAGCAGAAGUGGAGGAGGAAGAGGAAGAAGAGGAGCAAAAGGGUCCAGAUCUGAAACAAGCCUCACGCAGAGAUAUGUACAGCAUCUGCCAGAGUGCAGGCCUUGAUGGUCUUGCCAAGAAGUUUGGUCUGACCCCAGAACAGUUUGGUGAAAACUUGCGAGACAGUUAUCAGAGGCAUGAAACCGAGCAGUUUCCUGCAGAGCCUUUGGAGCUGGCCAAGGACUAUGUUUGCAGCCAAUUUAACACCCCAGAGGCUGUCCUGGAAGGCGCUCGCUACAUGGUGGCCAUGCAGAUUGCCCGCGAGCCUCUGGUCAGACACGUGCUCAGACAAACCUUCCAGGAGAGGGCCAAGAUUAACAUCAAGCCAACUAAGAAGGGCAAGAAGGAAAGGGAUGUGGAUGAGGCGCACUUUGCCUAUUCUUUCAAGUACUUGAAGAACAAGCCUGUGAAAGAGCUCAGUGGAGAUCAGUUCUUGAAGAUGUGUCUGGCUGAGGAGGAAGGCCUUCUCGCCAUAGACAUCUGCAUUGACCUUGUUGGAGUCAAAGGGUAUGGAGAUCAGACUUACUUUGAUGAGAUCAAGCAGUUCUACUACAGGGAUGAGUUCAGUCACCAGGUGCAGGAGUGGAACAAGCAGAGAACUCUCGCCAUUGAAAGAUCCCUGCAGCAGUUCCUGUAUCCACAGAUGGCCAAAGAAUUAAAGAACAAGCUUAUCGCUGAAGCAAAGGACAAUAUUGUUAAGUCCUGCUGCAAGAAGCUGUAUAAUUGGUUGAAGGUGGCUCCUUAUCGGCCUGAUCAACAGGUGGAGGAGGACGAUGACCUUAUGGAUGAGUCACAAGGAAAGGGCAUCCGUGUGCUCGGAGUGGCCUUUGCUUCUGGCAGAGACACACCAGUGUUCUGCUCUCUCAUUAAUGGUGAAGGAGAGGUGGUGGAUUUCCUUAGACUUCCUUAUUUCCUGAAGAGGAGAAAUGCAUGGAGAGAAGAUGAACGAGAGAAAAAGCAACAAGAUGUUGAAAACCUCAAAAAAUUCCUCCUCAGUAAGAAGCCACAUGUUGUUGCUGUUUCUGGGGAGAAUCGUGAUGCGCAUAUGGUGAUGGAGGACAUCAAGCGCACCAUCAGUGAGCUAGAGCAGAACUCCUCUCUGCCUGUGGUGGGAGUGGAGUUGGUGGACAAUGAACUUGCUGUGCUUUAUAUGAACAGCAAGAAGUCUGAGGCGGAUUUCAGGGAUUACCCACCUCUGCUUCGGCAGGCUGUGUCUGUGGCUCGCAAAAUCCAGGACCCACUAGUGGAGUUUGCCCAAGUCUGCAGUACUGAUGAUGACAUCCUGUGUUUAAAACUGCAUCCCCUGCAGGAGCAUGUAGUGAAAGAGGAACUGCUGAGCGCGCUCUACUGUGAGUUCAUAAACCGAGUGAAUGAGGUUGGUGUGGAUGUGAACCGAGCCAUCGCUCACCCUUAUACCCAGAGCCUGGUCCAGUACAUCUGUGGUCUCGGACCAAGAAAAGGCUCACACUUGCUUAAGAUUCUUAAGCAGAACAACACUAGGUUAGAGAACCGAACCCAGUUGGUCACCAUGUGCCAUAUGGGGCCCAAAGUCUUCAUUAACUGUGCUGGAUUUAUCAAGAUUGACACAGCCUCUCUUGGAGACAGCACUGACUCCUACAUUGAAGUUCUGGACGGCUCUCGAGUUCACCCUGAAACAUACGAGUGGGCACGUAAAAUGGCGGUGGAUGCUCUAGAGUAUGAUGAAUCUGCAGAAGAUGCCAACCCAGCUGGAGCACUAGAGGAGAUUCUUGAGAAUCCGGAGAGGUUAAAAGAUCUGGAUCUGGAUGCCUUCGCUGAGGAGCUGGAGAGACAGGGUUAUGGUAAUAAGGGAAUUACACUGUAUGACAUCCGAGCAGAGCUCAGCUGUAGAUAUAAAGACCUGAGAGCUCCAUACAGACCUCCCAACACAGAGGAAGUCUUUAACAUGCUCACCAAGGAGACACCUGAGACUUUCUAUAUUGGUAAACUGAUCACCUGUGUAGUAACUAACAUCGCACACAGACGACCACAAGGUGAGAGUUAUGACCAGGCCAUCCGUAAUGAUGAGACUGGACUCUGGCAGUGUCCUUUUUGCCAGCAGGACAACUUCCCUGAGCUCAGUGAGGUGUGGAAUCACUUUGACAGCGGCUCCUGUCCUGGUCAAGCCAUCGGAGUAAGAACCAGGUUAGAUAACGCCGUCAUGGGCUUCAUUCCAACUAAGUUUCUUAGUGACAAAGUGGUCAAGCACCCCGAGGAGAGGGUCAAGCCUGGCAUGACCGUGCACUGCCGCAUAAUGAAGAUCGACAUUGAGAAGUUCAAUGUAGAUCUCACUUGCAGAACGUCUGAUCUGAGCGAUAAGAACAACGAAUGGAAACUUCCCAAAGACACCUAUUAUGACUUUGAUGCUGAGACAGAUGAUGUUAAACAGGAAGAGGAGCAGAAGAAGAAACAGCAGAGAACCACUUACAUCAAGCGUGUGAUUGCGCAUCCAUCCUUCCACAACAUCAACUUCAAACAAGCAGAGAAGAUGAUGGAGUCCAUGGACCAGGGUGAUGUGGUGAUUCGACCGAGCAGUAAAGGGGAGAACCAUUUGACGGUGACGUGGAAGGUGGCAGAUGGGAUCUAUCAGCAUGUGGACGUCCGUGAAGAGGGCAAAGAAAACGCCUUCAGCCUUGGACAUACACUCUGGAUUAACACUGAGGAGUUUGAGGAUCUGGAUGAAAUCACAGCCAGAUAUGUCCAGCCCAUGGCUGCAUUCGCACGAGAUCUGCUCGGCCACAAGUACUUCCAUGAGUGCAAUGGGGGCGACAGGAAGAAAAUGGAGGAGCUUCUAGUAAGGACAAAGAAAGAAAAGCCGACGUUCAUCCCUUACUACAUCUCAGCAUGUAGAGACCUGCCUGGCAAAUUCUUGCUGGGUUACCAGCCUAGAGGGAAGCCGAGGAUAGAAUAUGUAACCAUCACUCCAGAUGGCUUUAGGUAUCGCUCGCAGAUAUUCCCUACGGUCAAUGGCCUCUUCCGCUGGUUCAAAGAUCACUACCAGGAUCCUGUGCCAGGUGUGACUCCAGCCAGCAGCAGAACGCGAACGCCAGCAUCAGUAAACGCCACACCUGCCAACAUCAACAUUGCAGACUUGACUCGAGCUGUGAACUCUCUUCCACGUAACAUGACGUCCCAAAUGUUCAACGCCAUUGCAGCGGUUACAGGGCAGGGCCAAAACCCCAACACCACACCGGCUCAGUGGGCCUCCAGCCAGUAUGGCUACAGCGGCGGCAGCAGUGCAGGAGGAGGAGGAGGCAGCAGCAGUGCUUAUCAUGUGUUCGCAACACCCCAGCAGCCAAUGGCGACACCCUUGAUGACGCCCAGCUACUCUUACACCACACCAGGCCAGCAGCAGGCCAUGACCACACCACAGUAUCCCAGCAGCACACCACAGUCCUCACAUGGACACCAUCAGCAUUCAUCUUCCACUCCAUCAUCAUCUUCAUCGAGAGUGAGGACGCCACAGCCCAAGGCGAGCUCUCACACCGCCGUGGAUUGGGGUAAGAUGGCUGAACAGUGGCUACAGGAGAAAGAAGCGGAACGACGGAAGCAAAAGACCCCCCGCAUGACUCCCCGACCGUCCCCCAGCCCCAUGAUCGAGAGCACACCCAUGUCCAUAGCUGGAGAUGCCACUCCAUUGCUAGACGAGAUGGACCGAUAGAGCAGGGCUGAGUGAAGUGUCAUAUAGAAGUUCAUCCACAUCCAUCCCUCACCCUCCGUCUCUCGCGCUCUCUCGCUGCUAGAAGUAUUUGAUUCAGAGUCAUUCAGAGCUACUGAUACAAAGACAAACACUUGAAACGUGCUGACGACAAACACACUUAGGAAAUGGACCUACCAUACAAGUUUGUCACGAGGGUUUUCUUUCGUUCUUUUUUUUUUAAGGCUUUUUUCGGUUUUUAUUAAGUAAAUUUGAAAGGAAAAGCAUGAGGCGCUGCAUGAUCGUGCCCACAAGACCUGGUGUUCGAUUCACAGUAUGAUCAUUAGUUCAGAGCAACCCACAGAGCUUUUCGUUUUUGUAUUUGGCUUUAAACGGUGAAAUAAAACCGUUUUAGACAGAGCACUGUAAUGAUUCAGAAUCAGUGUUCUGUUUUGGCUGUUACGAGGAUUAAGCACUGAAGAGAUUUGCGAAGCUGCUUAGCUACUAAAACAAUAGAUGAAGUAAGUGACGAUUAUUAAGAGAUCCUGUAAAUGUUGUGUUUUUGUGGACUGUUACAGGAUCUUCCACGUUUUAAUUUCUAAACAUUGAGGAAUGAUGGUUUUAAGGUUUGCUCAGCCCAUUCAUUUAGAUGUUCAUCUUUGAAGCUCGUACAUUAUCAACUGAUCUAUUGUGCUAAAAGAUAUUAAGACCCUGAACGGCUUUUUUUUUUUUUGCUUCUCUGGUUUGGGGGCUGUUUGUGUGUAUCUUUGCUGGCUGGACUUCCUGAAGGUGUCGCACACAUGCAGUCGUCUUUCCUUCAUGUGUCACUAUAGACAGAAAUUGUGAGAUUUAGGCAAAAAGAACUUUAUUAACAGGCUGUGACAAUAUUUUCAUGCAACAAACUUUUUUUUUUCUUUCACCCCUCAUCUAGUCGAGUGUGUCUGACCUGAUCAUGUGUUCGUUUAGCACUGAGGCUUUGCUUUGCCUUCAGGUCAGGAAAUGAACUCGGUGUCUGAACCCUUCUGUUCAGUGUAUUUCACUGCUGACCAUUUCAUUAUUUUUUCUUUGAUAAAGUUGUCCCAAUUAAACCUGAA